AUGCCUUGGAGUGCUCAACAACAACAAAUUAAUAAAAAAGAUGAACAACAAAAAUCUAAUCAGUGUGUACAAGUGCCUGGCACCUCUUCUGGGCCUUAUGCUUCUCGAGAAUUGCCCGAUUCCGUUUAUCGCCAAAUUCGUCAAGUAGAUCAACAACAAAGUACAUUAACCUCGAAAGGAGUAAUUGGAUUUUCUGCGAGAAUUCUUGACAGGCAAAAGAAUCUUUUUAAAGAAAAAAACUCUCCUUCUUUUUUCAGAACAGAAUAUAAAUCUGGUAUUUAUUCAAAUGAUUUAAGGGUAGUCCAACUUGUUGAAAUUAUUAAAAAACCGGGCCAAUCACUUGGAUUAUAUUUGAGAGAAGGAAAUGGAAUAGAUCAAUUUACGGGUGUUUUUGUUUCUCGUUUUGGUGAAAAUUCUGAAUUAGAAAAGUGUGGAGAUAUUUGUAGACCUGGUGAUCAAAUACUUGCAGUUAAUAAUGUGCCCGUUAAAGAAAUGGGAAUUGAUGAUGUUGUUCUAAUGUUGAGUAUUCCUCGUCGAUUACUUCUUAGGACUAGCUUUUUAAAUAGUCAAAGAGAACAAUUAGCAAGUAGACAACAACAACGUUUAUUAGCUGAACGUGCAGCAACAGAACAACGCCCCGUUGUUGUUUUUCAGAAAUCUACAGAAUCUGACAGACGGGAUUCUGAGUCAUCAGGUGCAGGAAUCCUUUCAAAACCAGCUAGCACAGCUGCCAGCUGGCUCGGUAAACGUGUACGACAACAACAAAAACAGAAAAAACAACAAGAAGAAGAUGAAGAUUCUUCAAAACAAAAUUCUCCGCUACUUUCUUCUUCAAAUAUAUCUUCAAUACCUCCAUAUAUUUCUCAUCUUCCUGCAUAUUCUUCAGCAACAUUGGAUUCUCGUUGGCAAGAAAAACAACAUCAACAAAGACAUCCAUCGUCUUCUGCACCAAUUCAAAGAAGGCAAAGAGUUGUUGUCUUUGGAGGAGAAAAUGUUGGAGGUGGAGGAGGAGGAAUGAUACCAAAUAGUUUAAGUCAACAACAAAUGCCUCCAAUAAUACCUCCAGCACCUAUUUCCUCUAAUUUACCUUUAUAUAAACAACAUUCUUCCUUUCAGAAUACAAUUCCUUCUCAACUUUAUUGUAUUAGACAACCAGCAACAUUACCUACUUCUUACAAAAGCAAUUCACUUCCUAGGAGGCGAGUAUUUUUUUUUGGAUUUUUCCGAACAUUUAUUCCCACUUUACUGACUACUGGAAAUAUAAAAAAAAAAUUUUUAUUUAAUUUAAGAAGUAUUCAAUCAGUAUUUGGCGGUGGAGGGUGGACAGCAGCACCUCCUCCACAACAACAACCAUUUCCUAGGGCUACAGUAAAAUGGCGUAAUGACUAUACUUUCAAUGCUGCCUUUCCAUUUUAUUCAAAUAAUUCACCACAAUCAACAUCAAUACCUUCAACAACAAUUGGUUGUAAUAAAUAUUUACCUUCUUCACCCCAACAACAAAAAAGCAAUUUUAGAGGGGCCUUUUCUGAUGUUGAUUUUGGAAAUAAUAGAAAAGUUCGUCAUCCAUUUUUGUCUAACGGUUCAGUAGAAACAGGAAAGGGUUUAGUAACUGAUGGGAGAACUGUUGCAGAUAUUUUUUCUUCUCAAGAAUACAAAAAUUGGGCAAGUGAAGAUGAGGAUAUAAUUAAUAAUCAACAACAACAACACCGUUCACGUUGGAGUACUUUUGGAACUUGUAAUAAAGUUGAUGGUGGUGGGGGGAAUACAAUUCGUUCAAAUUCUUUACCUUCUAAAGCUUUAUUGGCUAAUCAUUUAAAUUCAACAUUUGGAAAAACAAAAAUAUUACCUCAACAACAACAACAAAUAAUGAUGACUACAGCUGAAGGAAUGAGUCCUGCAGAGAGAGCUGAUAUCCUCGAUCGUUUACAUGUUUCUCCUUUAAUGAAUAGAAGAGUUCCUUUACGUAUGGCAGGCCCAGGUUUUGAUGUAGAUCAAUUAGCGAGUAAUGGAAGUUUGGGGAAUUCUUUAACUGGAAUGUUAAGUGUUACGAUUGUUGAGGGAAGAAAUUUAAAAGUUCCAGACAGAAUUCAUUCAAAAAAAUUAUAUUGUGUGCUUGAAAUAGAUGAAAUACACAGAGCCCGUACUGGAAUAUCUACACCUGAACAAUAUUUUCGUUGGUCAGAACGUUUUGAUAUCGAUGUAGUUUGUGCAAACGAUGCUUCUUUUUUUGUUUAUGCUUGGCAUCCACAAUUAAGGCAUCGUUUUUGCCAUAAAGGAGAUAUUCGUUUAAUGGAUGUUUUGUUAGUUGAUGGAUUUUGUGGAAAUAGAAUUUUCUCUUUAAAUUUAGAACCAAGAGGGCAAUUACUUUUAAAGAUAGCUUUUGAGGAAAUGAAGAUUUGUUUUUCGCGAAUAAAUAAAAGGCCAAAUAAUAAUCAAUUCGGUCAAUCCCUCAAUUUAUUACUUCAACGAGAACAGAGUGAAGUGCCUAUUGUCUUGCAAAGAUUAAUUACUGAAAUUGAAAGGAGAGGGUUGGAUAAUUCUGGAAUUUAUUAUUUGUGUGGUGCAAGUGAAAGAAAAGACCAUUUACGUGCUCAACUUGAAGAAAAUGCAAAUGAAGUAGAUAUUGGUGAACAACCUGUACCCGAUAUUAAUUUACUUACUUGUCUUGUUAAAGAUUUUUUACGUGAACUUUCUGAACCUUUAAUACCUUGUAAUAUUUAUGCAAUGUUGUUAGAUGCUGCUGGUGUUAUGCCCCCAAAUGAUUCUGAAGGAAAUCAAAAAUUAAUUAUGAGAAUUGUUGAUUGUUUACCUACACCAAAUAAAACAACUGUGGUAUUUCUUAUGGAACAUUUGAGGCAUUUACUUUUAUCGGAACCUCAUAAUGGAAUGACAAUGCAAAGAUUAUGCAGUGUUUUUGGACCUUUAAUAUUUUGUACAUCAAACCCUUCUCACCAAAUUCAAGGUAUAGUAUCAUCAGCAACAACAACAACAUCCGAUUCUGAUAAACAAAAUACUUCAAAAUAUUUAAGUUCAAUUUCUGUUGACCCUUUAAGUGUACAACAAGCAAGUAUUGCAUUAAAAUUGCUUAUUGAAAAUUGGCCUAAAAUUAGUGGAAAUAGUUGA